CACACAUGGACAUCAGAUUAACAUUUCUUUUUACUUUUACCAUGAACACGUAGCAAGUGGGCUUCCACAAGCCAGGUACCAUACGUCUUAUCACUACGUCAGAUCGCAUGGAUGAAGCCAAGUACCAGAUGUCAAGAGCCGGCUGGCACAAAGCGACGCAAGAGCUGAUAGGGCCGGAGAGAGUGGCCGAACUCCACCCUCUACUGAACAUGGAUGGGAUAUUGGGUGGCUUGUACAAUCCAGGAGAUGGCCACAUUGACCCUUACUCUCUGACCCAAGCUUACGCCAUUGGAGCUCGUAAAUAUGGAGCCGAGAUCUACAUGCCAGCCAGCACACAGAGCCUCAAGCAGCGCAGUGAUGGAGGCUGGGAUGUAGAAACUGAGCAUGGCACACUGACUGCCAAGCGUGUUGUAAACGCUGCAGGAUUCUGGGCCACAGAUGUGGGUCGCAUGGCCGGCCUGGAGCUGCCCAUAAUAUCCAUCCAACACCAGUACAUCGUCACCUCCACAAUUCCCGAGGUACAGGCCCUCCCGCGAGAGGUGCCAGUCAUCCGGGACCUGGAGAACUCCUACUACCUCCGGCAGGAACGGUCAGGUUUAUUGAUUGGACCGUAUGAGAAAAGCCACAAGAUGAAACAGCAGGAUGACUGGUUGAGGGAUGGUGUGCCCCCGGGCUUUGGCAAAGAGUUGUUUGAGAGUGAUUUGGAUCGACUUAUGGAGCAUGUGGAAGGGGCCAUGCAGCGUGUUCCUGUCCUCCAGACUGCGGACAUUCAGAGCAUCGUUUGUGGACCCAUCACCUACACCCCUGACACUUUGGGGAUGAUUGGACCCUACCAGGGACUGAAGAACUUCUGGCUUGCCUGUGGCUCAAGUGGUGGCAUCAUCCAUGCUGGUGGCCUAGGCAAGUACAUCAGUGACUGGAUGAUUGACGGGGAGCCACCGUAUGAUCUGGUGGAGUUGGAUGCCAAUCGCUUCGGCAAUUGGACAAGCAGGGAGUACACGAGCGCUAAGGCACGUGAGAUGUACGGCAUGAACAAUGCCAUCACCUGGGCCCGUGAAGAGCGGUGGGCGGGCAGACCGACCAAACGCGUCAGUGGAAUAUAUGACAAGCUGAAAUCCCGAGGGGCCGAGUUCGGAUUUCAUUCAGGCUGGGAACAGCCCCACUGGUUUGCACUGGAUGGCGACGAGGCCGGGUACAAACCCAGUUUUCGUCGGUCCAACUGGUUUGAGCCGGUUGGGCGAGAGUACGAAAUGGUGAUGAAGCGAGCCGGGAUCAUCGACCUCAGCCCGUUUGCCAAGAUUGAGGUGACGGGAAAAGACGCUUACGGAUACCUGGACAGCCUGCUGGCCAACAAACUGCCGGCUGUUGGUCAAUGCGCCCUGUGCCAUAUGCUGUCACCCAAGGGAAAGGUCUACACUGAGGUUACAGUAAGCCGACUGGCAGAGAACAAGUUCCUGGUCAUCACAGGUUCUGGCGUAGAGUUCCAUGACCUAAGUUGGAUGGAAGAUUUUGCUUGGAAAGGCAACUACGAAGUCAGCUUAAACAACUUCACUGACAGCAUGGCCUGUCUCUGCCUGGCAGGGCCGUUGUCUCGAGACGUGCUGGCUCUCAUCACUGACGCCGACCUGACCAAUGAUGCAUUCGCCUUCAUGGACGUCAAGGAUAUCACUGUCGGCGAUGUGCCCGUCACUGCUGUCCGAAUCUCCUACACAGGCGAACUUGGCUGGGAGUUUUAUCACAAGGCGGAGGACACAGCCAAGCUCUACGAUGCUCUGCUUGAGGCAGGAAAGCCCUUGGGAGUUGGAGACUUUGGAUUAUACGCGAUGAACGCCAUGCGCAUCGAAAAGGGAUUUCGCAUGUUGGGACAAGAGAUGUCAAUGGACAAUAACCCAUUUGAAGCUGGGUUGGAUAUAUUCAUCAAACUCAAAAAGGAGGCCGACUUUGUUGGUAAGGCGGCCGUUCAGAAGAUGAAAGACGAGGGACUUCAGCGUAAACUGGUUCUGCUGACGGUGCCCAACACUGACAAUGUUGACCCUGAAGGCAACGAGACACUCUGGCUUAAUGGCAAGGUUGUCGGCAACACCACGUCAGGCUGUUACAGCUACCACCUCGGCCAGAGCAUCUGCUAUGCUUACCUGCCCAUGGAGCUGACGGCAGUUGGGACAGAGGUUGAAGUAGAGCUCUUGGGAAAGAGGUACCCCUCAACAGUGACCAAGGAGCCGCUGCUGCUCAAGGAGCAAGCCAGAAGGAGGCAGAAAUCCGAAUAAGAGGUGAGAGUGUUCAGCCAUCGGAUCAAUGCUUGCCAGUAUGCUUGAAAUACUUCGGAAUUUCACACCUCCCCUUCCACCGUUGAUACUUCGUCAGUUUGCUGCAGC